AUGCCCAAUGGGUAUGAAGACAUUGGAUCUACAAGCAUUGUCAUUAAGAGCGAGCCUCAAGAUGUCGCUGGGGAGCAGCGUUGUGAAGAUGAUGUCGUUGCCUCACACCUAACGGGCAGCAGUCAAGACACUGAAUGCUCACAGGAAGCCGACCUCCCCCAUCGUUGCGAGCUUUGCCACCAGCUCUUCAACACGCCGCAACGCCUGCUCCAGCACUCCGUCGUGCACUCGCGGCAGUUGCCGUUCUGGUGCGCCCACUGUGGUGCCGCAUUUGCAAGCCCCGAAGACAAGGCAGAACACGAGAGCUCCCAUGUCGACAAACGGCAGUACCGCUGCGUGCUGUGCUACAAGUUGUGCAGUCACGAGCCCAUGCUCCGAGAGCACAUGCGAAUCCACUACGGGCAGCCUGGAUUCCAUUGCCACUUGUGCCCUCUUGUGUUUCCUGUCCGGCACCAGCUGACAAGGCACUUAUGCAGCCAUAGCAGAAAUGCUCCUUUUGUGUGCGACCAGUGCGGUGCGAGCUUCGUUCACAAGGGCUCGAUGAUAAGGCACAUCAAGAUGCACCUAGGUGAUCGAUGCUUCAAGUGCCCGCAUUGUCCCAAGGCCUUUUCCCAGGAGUGCCACCUGUCUGAGCACCAGAGAAUCCACACCGAAAAGCGACCGUUCACCUGCGACGUCUGCAAAAGGAGCUUUGUGCAGCAAACCCACAUGGUCAGGCACCGAUGGACACAUUUGAAACAAGCCGACGUUCCCGUGUUGGACUCGUAG